AUGGCAGAUACUCCUCUCGCGUCUCUCUCCCUAACCCACGUUCACUAUGAUCCAAAUGACCCCAUAUCCUAUUUCUGCGCAUGGCUCGCCCUCGUACCCCAAGGCCUCUGCGUCAUGUACGCAACCCUAAUAUGGUCCACCCGCGAGAUUGAAAUCCUCCUCAUGUUCGGCGGCCAAUUGGCCUGCGAGGCCCUAAACUUCGCCUUGAAGCGCAUCCUCAAAGAAGAGCGCCCGAAACAGAUGCAUGGGAAAGGCUACGGAAUGCCGUCCUCACACGCGCAAUUCGUCGCCUUCUUCUCGCUGAGCUUGACCCUUUUCUUGCUGUUCAGACAUGUUCCUAAGAAGCCGACACCCAGCCAUACGCCGUUAAGUAUGCUUGCGAGGUUUGCGCUGUCCGGGCUGGCACUGGCGAAUGCGGGCUUGGUUGCGUGGAGUAGGACUUAUUUGAGUUAUCAUACACCAAAGCAGGUGCUGGUUGGAUGUGUGGCUGGGGCUGUGACUGCUGUAUCUUGGUUCUUGGUCACAACGGUGGUUCGGCAGAUUGGAUUACUGUCCUGGGCUAUAGACCAGCCCAUUGUUAGGCUAUUUAGAAUGAGAGAUCUGGUGGUGGAAGAAGAUCUAUGUCAAGCUGGAUGGGAGAAAUGGGAGGUGAAGCGGAUAUCGUCGUCAUCUACAUCAAAAGGCAAGAAGAGGAGGUGA